GAGGCAGCCCUGCUGCCUGCAGAGGGGGGCACAUACUCCUCAACACGACUGCCAGCCCUGCAGCCCCUGCACCAGCCAGCCCAGGUCCCCCGGAACCUCGGCCGCUCCUCCCUGGACAGGGGAUCAGCGGGUCCCGAAACUCAGUCGAUCCCAGGGAAUUAGCCGGUACCGGGACUAGCGGGUCCCGAGGGGUGGGCAGGAACGGUGACUCAGUGUCACCCGACGCCGCCGACAGCUGCAGCCCCGGUGGGGCGGGGGCGGCUAAAAUUAGCGUCGGGGGCCGGGGCCGGGGCCGAAACAAAGCAGGCACCGGGCGGCCGGAGCGAAGCCGCGGGACAGAGCCGGGUCGGGCCGGGCCGGGCCGGGCCGGGACCGCGGCCAUGAACUUCGCGGUAGGGCUGAAACCGCUUCUGGCGGAGGCGCGGAGCAUGGAGAGCCUGGAGAAGCAGCUCAUCUGCCCCAUCUGCCUGGAGAUGUUCUCCAAGCCCGUGGUCAUCCUGCCCUGCCAGCACAACCUCUGCCGCAAGUGCGCCAACGACGUCUUCCAGGCCUCCAACCCGCUGUGGCAGUCGCGGGGCUCCAGCGCGGUGCCGUCGGGCGGGCGGUUCCGGUGCCCGUCAUGCCGGCACGAGGUAGUGCUGGACCGGCACGGGGUGUACGGAUUGCAGCGGAACCUGCUCGUGGAGAACAUAAUCGACAUCUACAAGCAGGAGUCGGCCCGACCCCUUCACGCCAAGGCUGAGCAGCACCUCAUGUGUGAGGAGCACGAGGAUGAGCGGAUCAACAUCUACUGCCUGCGCUGUGAGGUGCCCACCUGUUCCCUCUGCAAGGUGUUUGGGGCGCACAAGGACUGUGAGGUGGCUCCGCUGCCGGCCGUCUACCAGCGCCAGAAGAGCGAGCUCAGUGAUGGCAUCGCCAUGCUGGUGGCGGGGAACGACCGAAUCCAGGCCAUCAUCACACAGAUGGAGGAGAUCUGCCACACUAUCGAGGAGAACGGUCGGCGGCAGAAGCAGCAUGUGGGGCUGCGGUUUGAUGCGUUGUACGGGAUCCUGGAGGAGCGGAAGAAGGAGCUGCUGCAGAGCAUCGCAGCCGAGCAGGAGGCCAAGCUGCAGCGUGUCCGUGGGCUCAUCCGCCAGUAUGGAGACCACCUGGAGGCCUCCUCCAAACUGGUGGAGUCAGCCAUCCAUGCCAUGGAGGAGCCCCAGAUGGCCGUGUACCUGCAGCACUCCAAGGAACUCCUGAAAAAGAUCACAGACAUGUCCAAGGCAUCAAUGAGCAGCCGCCCUGAGCCCGGCUACGAGAACAUGGACCAUUUCUCCAUCAACGUGGACUAUGUGGCUGAGAUGCUGAGGACCAUCGAGUUCCAGACAGAGCCACUGGGCGAGGAUGAGGGUGAUGGACCUGGGGACGGCAGUGAGGCCGCAACGGAUGAGGACCGGCUGGACAGCCUGGAGGUGCCCGAAGCUGCUGAAGAUGUGGGGCCGAGGCAGAAGCCAGCGAGUUCUCCCCAUGGUCAGCACUGAAGUGGAGCUGUGGGAUAAUGCUGGCAACCCCUCAGCUGUGGCUGUCCCUGUCACGCCCGGCUAUGGCUGUCUCUGCCACCCCUGCCCCGGCUAUGGCCAUCCCUGGCACCCCUUUCUCAUGGCCGUCCCUGGCGCUCUCAGGCAAGCUCCAUCCCUGCUGCUGGAAUUCCCCAGAUGGGCGCUGCCCCUCUCCAACAUUAAAAGUGUGUGAGGACA